GUCAACAUAUCUUUUUAAUGUCAAAAGUUGAAGAUGCAAGAAAGAAAAAGAUUGAAUCAACCUCGUCUACCUCAAUUCAAACUAAAAUAUAUGAUUCUACUAAAAAAGUGUCUAAGGAAAAGAUGAAUGAGUUGGUAUUUAAUUACAUAAUUAAUGAAAUGAGACCUCUGAUUACAUGCGAAAAACGUAGCUUUCGAGAAUUAAUCAUGGGACUUACUGGCAUUAAAGAUACUUCUAUUUUACCAAACAGAAUUCAAAUCAAAGCUCAAUUAAAAUCCAGAUAUGCAUUAUAUGUGCAAAUAAUAACAGAUUUAAUACAAAAUCAUAAUUAUAUUUGUACAACUGCGGACAUUUGGAGCUCAAAUAAUAAAAGCUUUAUGGGUAAAUAUAUUAUAAUUAUAUUUUUUUUUAAUUAUACUGUACCUACAUUUACCUAGUAAAACUUCAAUAAAAUUACCAAAUUGAUUUAUUAAUUAAGACAUUUUUACCGACUUGUGAAUAAGUAAUACCAAUGAUUAUAGUACAUAGUAUAAUACACUA